AAGCGACCAAAAACACAGUAUAGAUACAACUGCCACGAAAAACAGCAGCAGUUCCUGUUGCCUUAAGAGUUUAGUAGUUCAUCAUGGAGGAGGUUUAUGAUGCUGCAGAGGAUGAUUUGGACGAGGAUGAGGCCACUCAGUACAUGAUUGAGCAAAGUCUGUUGGAGUACAGCAAACAUGCUGAUUCAUCAAACAGUGAACUAUUAGACUGCAUAGACCACGAGGAAAUUUUCACUGCUAUACAGGCUGGUAAUGAGGAAGCUCUGAAGAUGCUGGUGCAGUGUAAGGAGGCUCUGUCUAAAGCAGACAGUAGGGGCUGGAUCCCACUGCACGUGGCUGCAGUACAGCAGAAGAGGAGCAUUCUUGAAAUCAUUUAUGCAGCAUCUCCUCAGGGGUCAGGGCAGUGCCGUACUUUGAGAGGGGAGACUCCGUUGUUUCUUGCAGCUGUUCAUGGUCUUAGAGAGAAUGCCACAUUCCUGCUACAGAAUGGCUGUGACCCUGAUUGCAAAAAUGAUGAUGAUGAGUCGGCAUUGGUUGCAGCCAUAAAUAAUGACCAGUAUGACUUGGCUCUACUGCUGCUACGCUACAAUGCCACCGUGGACCAAAAAGGGAGUCUCCAAAGAACCGCUUUGCAUGAAGCAUCUGUGCUCGGCUUGGAUAACUUUGUAUAUCUGCUCCUACAAUCUGGUUCUGACCCAAAUGCCAUUGAUGCCUGUGAACAUACUCCUAUAGGACUUGCUGCACAAGCUGGACAUUUUAACGUUGUAGAGGUUCUGCUUCAGAAAGGGGCCAGUGUGUGGUCCAAGCCUAACACUCCUAGUUCACCCUCAGUUUUGUUUGACGCAGCAGCCUCUGGAAACCCUGAUAUCAUUGCACUGCUGCUGGAGUACGGAGCCGAUCCCAACAUGCCCACACACACAGGCCAUCUCCCCAUCCAUCGUGUAGCCUACCGUGGACAUCUGCUAGCACUGGAGCAACUGAUACCAGUAACAAAAAAGGAGGUUAUAAAAGAGAGUGGUAUGAGCCCAUUACAUUCCGCAGCAGCAGGUGGUCACUCUCAGUGCCUGGAGCUGCUCCUGAGUUCCGGUUUCGACCCGAACUUCAUGCUGCACCCGAGAGUGCGCAAGAACUAUGACGAUGAGCGCAGGUCAGCACUGUUCUUUGCCGUAUCAAACAGUGACGUGCAGUCAGCACGGCUGCUUCUGGAGGCUGGGGCCAUGCCAAAUCAGGACCCUGUCAACUGCCUGCAGGUGGCCAUGCGGCUGGGCAACUAUGAGCUCAUUAACACUCUGCUGCGAUACGGUGCAAAUGUCAACUACUACUCCCGUGUCAACACUACACACUUCCCCUCUGCUCUGCAGUAUGCACUAAAGGAUGAGGUGAUGUUGCGCAUGCUCCUCAAUAAUGGUUAUGAUGUGCAACGCUGUUUUGACUGUCCUUAUGGUCAGGCCUCACAUGUGCCUGUGGACUAUGAGGGAUGGAGCGCUACUGUAAUUAAAGAUGUGGUGUUUUGUGAGGUGAUCACAGUGUACUGGCUCAAGCACAUCUCAGCCCAAGUACUGAGAAUUAUGUUGGAUUAUGUCGAUCAUGUGAGUUUCUGCUCCAAACUGAAGAGUGUUCUUGUUGAGCAGAAACAGUGGCCAGAAAUAUGUAAAAUACAAGAAAAUGCUCGAAGCCUGAAGCACCUCUGCAGACUGAAGAUCCGUGAAUGUUUGGGGCGUUUGCGACUGAGGGCUCCCGUUUUUAUCAGUUUCCUGCCUCUGCCAGCCAGUCUCAAAGACUACAUUCGCUUUAAAGAGUAUGAUAUUUACAGUAGAGGGAGUAUGAAUGAACAAUUUUGAUUUCAUGGCAACUUUAAGAGUGUUAGUGUCAUGUGAUAUGUAAGUAUCUAACCAAACAUGCAAUAUUUUACCACUAUUUUAUAAUUUAAAUGUUGUACUGACCGAUAUUAAUUUCCAAGGGUGCAAACUAUUCACCAUUUGGCAAAAUUUGCCAGUUUGAAUUUAAAAUGUCAUGUACAGUACAUGAUUUGUUUGUCAUUCAUAUCUGUGAAUAGGGCUGAAAUGAUUAGUCAGGGCGUCUAAAAAAAUUAAACACAAUUAUAAACAACACACAUUAUAUCUUAAAUACAUCCUUUAUUAAAGUUCAAAUAAUAAGGAAGCAGUUGUGUAAAUAAGCUUGUCAUUUCUCUGUGCGGUCAGAGCCGCUUACAUUAGUCGCAUGAAAAAUUCACGAAGACGCUCAUCCCUCGCCCCCACAUGCUGCAGCUAGAUUAUAACAUGAUGACUCACGACGUAAUGAAUCAUAAUAUACUGUGUGUCACGGUGUGUAUCCUGUCGUAAAUAAAAUACGCAGAUCUAUUAAGAAGAGAGUUAGUUUUUUUAGUGAGUUAAAGAUGGAUCGAUGUUAACAAAAAGGUGAGAGUGUAGUCAGCCCAUUUUGCAAUGCAAAAAAGGUUUUUGAUUUGACCCCCCCCCCCCCUUAUAUAUUCAU